GCGUUUGCCGCGUAAAUCGCAACAACAGUAGUGUUGGGUUGAUGUAACAGUUUUCACCGUAUAAAUUAUAAUAUUGAGAAGCAGGAGAGUCACGCGACCGUCGCCGUCUCGAUGAACGUCAAAAAGCAACAGAUGCAAUUGCAGCUGCAGUUGCAACAACCACAACGGCGGCACGACCGUACCGGGUUCGAGACGCUGUUGGACCAACCGAUGCCGGUGGCCGAGACGUCACCACCCGGCGGCACGUUACCUUGGUCGACAGCCGUCGCCAGCGACACGGCCAGCCGAUACGAUCACCCGCUCGGCCGCCGGGGUCCACCGGCCACGAUUGCCGGACUGUCAGACGUAUCCUCCGACCACACCGGUUCGCCGGCCGAAGCCGACGACGCCACCGCUGCCGUCACAGCCGCUCGUCCUGGCCGACCACAGGACCAAGCGGUGACUACGCCUCCGCCGCCGUCACCGUUGCAACUGCCCAGCCCUUACUACGACAGGAAUCCCGUCAUCGGUUUCCCGGUGCAUCAUCACCACCACCACCACCACCACCUCGUCCCUAAAUCUCCGACAAACGCCACCACGAGCGUACCGCUGGCCAACGUGCAAAACGUUGGGUACGCCACCGGCGACCAGGACCACAACGAUCACUACGCCAACAGAUCAAAAUAUUACUACCAGCGGCACAACUACAAGUCUGGCGAUUUGACGGAUGGGCGGGACGACGACAAGGAAAACAUCAAGCAACGGGACACCGCCGAGUGUCUACAACAGCAGUUGGACGAAGUAUUGCAGGCGUGUGCGGACUACGAAGAGCGGAACAAAAACCAGCAGCAGCCGCAGUCUGAAAGCUCCGGAAACACGUCGCCAGGCACAGCGACGACAUCAACGACUACGCCACCGCAACAAAACCGAAUCAAAACAAAUGGUUCUCUCCCGCGGGAUAGCAAGAAAUCUGCCACAGAAACAUCUUCGCCUACAUCACCACUAUCGCCAAUGACAUCGCCACUGUCGCCGUCAUCGACGACCUGGCCGUCCGUUACUACCCCGUCUUCUCCCACUAUGUCGCCGUUGUCAUUGCGCACAGUUGGCGGAGACAGUGAUUCAGUAUUUUUAGAAAACGAUAAUCAUCCACCGUCACCUGCAGUAUGCGGAAGUCCCAGGACCAGAAUAAGAACGCUUGUCCCGUCUUGUGCAACUGCCAAUGAAGAAUUACACUACAGCAGUGGUGGCAAGAACCAACUCGGUCAAACUCAUAACGGCCAACACAGCACCGACAUCGGUUUGAAAACGUCGCCGACUACUGCAGAUUACUUCCCGUCAAAAUCGGCAGACCAGCCAUUGCAACAAAUGCAGCUGCAGUCGUUGCAAUCGACAUUUCUCCAAUCGUCCCCUCCACCUUCGUGGCAGACGACAACGAUGUGGCUGCGUUCGUCACCGUUUGCGACGGAUCCCAAAGACGGUGGCUCGACAAAAGCUCCGACGGUUUCAUUCGCUGCUGCAGACAGGUUGGCUGAGGCGGCCGAACAACGUAGAAAGUUGCUGGUAGAAUUGUCCGCGCAUAAGUCUCGGCUGGUCGAAUUGCACUUGCGCCGCGAAGAAGUCGAUCGAGAGUUAAUCAUCGAGACCGCGUUGUUGCGUGCCGAACUUGAUGCUGCCGACGAUGAAACUCGCCAGUCGGACAACAUUGUAGACGGUUUGGACCGCGCCGUGGCUGAUUGCCGGCAAAAAAUGGACGCGUGUACUGUGAAACAACAAGACCAGAGGAUAGCAGCUGACUCGCAGUUGGCAGGACACCGGCAAACACUUCAAGGGUUACGGAAACGACUAGAAUCGAUCGAGGACAACGACGUGCUGAAAACUGAAAUACGUGCUUCCAUUGAUAAACAGACGGAGCUGUUGGACGCUGAACAAAAGUUGUACGAAGAUGUAGAGUUCGGAUUGCUGGAAGAGGAGGCCGGAUGGCUGGCCCGCAGGGAAGAAUUGCACAGGGACCGGGCCGCUGCCGUGGCGGUUAGACGUGCUCGACGGGCUCGUGCCGAGUGGUUACGCGCGCAGCUCGAUCAGCUCCGAAGCGUCGGUGAUGACCAGUUACGAGCACUGCGGGCUGACAUAAAUACAGCGACAUUGUCCAUCCAACAGGGUCACAAAAAACUACAAGAGCUGGACGCCGCUGCAGCCAGCACGACGGCCGCAACAAACAUUAUAUCAGACCAAUACCAUCGUCCUCAUCAGUUUCAUAAAGAAAUGCAUUCUAUGCAGUCAGCAGCGGAACAUCAACCUCCCAAGUCUUUGGAAUGGUCGUGGGACCAACAUAUAAAAUCUCCCAUGUCGCCGAGGACACCGUCGUCGUUGUCGUGGGAUUUGCAGCCGUCGAGGUCACCGUGGUUUUCGACAGCUACUCCCGUGACGGAAGACACGGCGGCAAACAAUAUCAACAGCUUGAUGAAUGGUAGCAUGACGACGACAUGCUGUAGUAGUAUAGGCAGCAGCGGUGGCGAGGACGAUGGCUGUGCCCGACCGGUAUCGGAUGACUCUAUUUCACGAAUGUCAAUGUCGACUAUCUUCGACGGAGGGGCCACGAUCAAACUCCGACCUAAGAACAAAACGUCACCGUCGGACAUCACUAAAAGGCCGUUGACUAGAUAUCUGCCGAUCCGGUACGACGACGACGGUUCGACCGAAAACCCGGUAGCAUUCGACUUGCGCGCGCACAUUGAGUCGGCAGGACAUCAGCUGGACGACGACAACAACGCCGGCGUCGACCGACACUUUUGGAUUGACAGCACGUCGUGCCGUGGCUAUUUAAAAAAGCUUUCCGGUUCCAGUGGCAACAAUAAUGCGCGCCGAAGCGGCCGGAAGUGGCUGAAGAGAUGGUUCGUGUUCGACAGGCAGUCGAGGACUCUGUCCUAUUACCGUCGCCAAUCCGACGCCGCCAAUCAACGAGCAGGCGCCGCCGCAGCCGAGAAGAAAACCGUGCCGAGGGUGUCUAUCCGUUUUCAGGACAUCCAGGAAGUAUAUGUCGAUCACACAAACAGCAUCAAAGGACAGGGUUGCGCUUUCGUGGUAAAGACAGCCCAGCGGACGUUUUACCUGUCUGCGGCGACCGGCCAAGCGGUCAGAGUGUGGGUGGAUGUCAUAUUCACAGGCGCUGAAGGGUACCAGGAGUACCGAAAAGCUUCGACCGUUAACGGUGGUCAAUGAGUUCUACAAACGAAAUCCUAACCUUUCCCUUGUCUGUGGACUAAUUAUAUUAUUAUAUUUAUUUUUAUUUUUAUACGAGGUCGUCUAAUACGGCCGUGUUAAAUUUUUUUUUCAACAAAUAUAUUGUAGUUUUAUCCAUUGUACCUACCUACCAUUAUAUGUUAUACUUACAUUUAAAUGAUUGAAAUGACUGUAAUGCGAUUGAUAGUAUUUAUAUAUAUUUUUUUAAAUUGUUAUUGACUUUGGAGCGGCUGUCGAGUUGCGAACAAUUUAAUCUAUAGACUGGUUAUAAUAAAUAUCGUGUACACCUAUA